AUGGAAGAAAAUGGAACCAUUACCGUUGAGACAGAGGAUGUCAAAAAUGAAACUUUGAAACCUUUUUCGCACACCAAACCAGCUACCCCAAAACCAGCCUUCCCAAAACCAGCCUCUUCCCAACCAACACUCUCCAAACCAGCCUCCUCAAACCAACACCCUCCAAACCAGCCUCCUCAAGUUCGAACCCUUCCUUGGAAAUACUUAGAAAAGUUUUUCACCCUAAGUUCUUCUACUGAUGGUGGAAGAGGGCUGGUUGCACUUGGUUAUAAAAUUCACAGAAAUGGUCUCAAUAAAGGGGAAGAAGGAGGGAAGGGAAAGGGAAAGACCGACGAUGACGAGGUUAAGCAGAAGAACAAAAAUAUAGUGGUUGUGGGUAAUAAACAGAACGGAAACAGGAAACCCAAAGCUGAGGUUGCUGACAAGAAACAAAAUGGGAACAGGAAACCCGAAGUUGAGGUCACUGACACAAAUCUGAAUAGCNACUCAAAUGCCACACCAUAA